AGGUAGCCGUUACAGGAUUUUCCCCGCCCAACUCCAGUCAUGAGGAUUUUACUCAUUUCCUUCAUUUUGUCGUCUGCUGGGAUUGUCUUCGGUCAAGAUUUACCCACUUUAGUGCCGGUUGACCCCUUCGAUCCAAAUGGAGACGCCGCUCGACUAUUCGACGCCAUCGACGGAUGGGGAACCGACGAGGAUAAGAUCGUCAGCGUCCUUUGCUAUCGAGUUGCAUCCCAACGUGACGCAAUCACGACUAUUUACAACAGUCAACAUGGUAGUUUAGCUGACGAUCUCAAGUCUGAUUUGUCCGGAAGCUUUCAGACUCUAGCGAUCAUGCUCACGCACAGUAUGGUCAAAUUUUUGUCCAUCGAAUUGUACGAGACAAUGGCUCGGUCAGGAACGGACGAGACUUCGCUAACUGAAAUCGUUAUGAGUCGGUCUAAUGCGGAGCUGGCGGAAGUCAGAUCGUUUUACGUCGAUUUUUAUGGCCAUUCGCUUGUGUCAGAUAUCGAGAGCGAUACAUGCUGCGCCUAUCAACAGCUUAUUAUUCAAAUGGCAGAGGGGCAAAGGGACGAAAGCAACGUAGUGAACAUGACAUUAGUUCAAGAAGAUGUUGUGGCUUUGUACGAAGCAGGCCCGGCGAUAGAAGAAACCGACGAGGUUGUUUACGUCAACAUUUUUUCCCUGCGCAACUUUGUCCACCUCAACGAAGUCGCCAUUCUUUACGAGGCCACUUACGAAACUUCACUUACCACCGUUGUGACAACCGAGUUCACCGGAAAGGAAAUUGCAAAUGCGCUCGUCUCCAUUUUGCAAUAUAGUCGAGACAAGGCCAGGUACUUUUCUGAGAAAUUUCACGCAUCUAUUGCGGGGGCAGGAACCGCCGACCGCGAUCUGAUGCGACUCACAGUCAGUCGCUGCGAGACCGAUCUCGGAAACAUUAAAAGUGCUUACCAGACCGUUUAUGGUGAAUCACUCAGUAACGCUGUAUCUAAAGAUACGUCUGGGUCCUACCGCACAGCUUUACUGGCCUUGAUAGGCUAAAAGACACGCCCGCGCCCAUGGCCAAAUUAUUUGUCCCAAGGAAAUUGGUUUCACUUCGCUUGAUCCCUUGAUGUAGUUAACUUUAUGGCAAUAUCCCUUGUUUUAGAAAGGCAUAAGUAUAUCCAUUCCUCAUAACCUGUACUGCACCUAGUUAUGUGGGUUGGAAUCGUCCAAGUACAGAGAAAAAUAAAACGAAAAAACAAAA